AUGGCCACCUUCCCCCAAUCUCCGAACUACACAGACUGCGUUCGCGCUCAGCACCAGUUAAUCAGUUCGCACCUAAACAUCCCAGCAAUCGAUGUGGUGGUUGGUUUCUCCAUGGGAGGUCAGUGCUCUUACUACUGGACUCUGAUGUACCCGGAGUUAGUCGCGAACGCGGUCAUCAUAUGCUCCUCGGCUCGUACCAGCCGGCAGAACUACCAGUUUCUCGAGGGACCGAAGGCUGCGCUGGAAUAUGCCGCUGACUACCGGAAGGGAGAUAACAACACAACGUCUUCACGGCCGCUGGGUGGGUUACGGGCUUUUGGAAAAGCGUACUCGGCGUGGUUGACAAGCCCGGAGUGGUUUGAGAACGAGAUGUAUAAGUCCUUGGGAUACGAGACACUGAGCCAUUGGGAUGAGGAGGUGGCUGGGACGAACUACUACAACUGGUAUCCUGAUGACUUGCUUGCCAUGCUAGGCAUGUGGCAGAGAGGCGAUGUCACUUCGAUAUUGGGAGAUGCAUCUGUUCAAGAAGCGUUAUCACGGAUCAAAGCGCGUGUUCUGGUUAUGCAGCGCGUGUUCUGGUUAUGCAGCGCGUGUUCUGAUUAUGCAGCGCGUGUUCUGGCUAUGCAGCGCGUGUUUUGGUUAUGCAGCGCGUUUUUGGUUAUGCAGCGCGUGUUCUGGCUAUGCAGCGCGUGUUCUGGUUAUGCAGCGCGUGUUCUGGUUAUGCCGUGUUCGACAGAUCAGUACUUCCGUUGGGAAGCAUCCGAGAAGGACUCGCGUGUCAUUCCUCAUUCAACAUUCAAGGUCGUACCAUCUGCAUGGGGCCAUCUGGCUGGAUUGGGUUGUAAUGCAGCGGACAAAGACUUCAUGGAUCAGGCGAUUGCCGAAUUUUUGGGGGACAAUGGAUAA